AUGACAGAAGAAUAUUAUGCGUCAAACUCUCUCGCAAAAGGUGUGCCACCAUUUAUGAUAACUUUCGGGACGUUUGGAAACAUCUUGUCCAUUUACAUUCUUACGAGGAAAAACAUUCGACAGUCAACGUGUACGUUGUAUCUCGUGGUGCUCGCAUGCUCUGACCUGGUCGUAUUAUAUACUGGUCUUCUUCGCAGGUGGAUAUUCGCCACCUUCCAGGAUGACAUCCGGACCCAUACUUCCGGUAUGUGCAAAAUUCACACGUGGUUGGUGUACGUGUCGUUGGAUUUUUCGGCAUGGAUCUUGGUAGCGGUUACAGCAGAUCGCGUGGCACUGGUCUGGUUUCCUCACAAGGCCAAGGUUAAGUGCACAAAGAAAUCGGCAGCUUUCAUAAUAACUCCAAUCUUUGUAUUUCUUAUGUUGAUCAAUAGCCAUAUCUUGUACGGUAUGGACAGGAUCGUAAAAGUUGACGGAAAAUCAACAACCAUAUCGUGUGAUUUCGUUACCGAAAAAUACCGCUAUUUCUUCGAAGAACUGUGGCCAUGGAUGGAUUUAACAAUAUUUUGUGGUCUGCCGUUUUGUUUUCUUGUCACAGGAAAUGUGUUGAUAAUAACAAAAGUGUUCGCCAGUCAAAGAGCAGCAAAGCGACAAGUGGUACCACAUGAUCCCAACAGUCGUUCACAGCGCUCUCAAAUGUCAUCAAUGAGCAUAAUGCUAUUUUGUCUCAAUUGUGUCUUCUUGCUUUGCACAACACCCGUUAGUAUUUAUCUGAUAGGAUAUGUACACUGGUCCCGGAAUGCUUCAGUGGCUACUCAGGCAAAUCUCAGUCUUUUCUGGACCUUGGUCAACGUGUUGAUGUACGCCAACAAUACAUUUAACUUCCUCUUGUACUGUAUGAGCGGAAGUCGUUUUAGGGCGGAAGUCAAGAUCGUUUUCAAGAAUGUGUUUGGCCUUCAUAACACUUCCAACAGGAGGCAAAAUACCACACAGAGAAAAAUAGGUGUUACAAAUCAAGCCAGACCCACAACUGUUCCAUUGGAGGAACAAGGCAGGAGAACGGCUCAUCCAAAAGACAACAAUAAUUUUCUCUCUGUUUUUCAUCAAUCAGAGGGAAAUGAAAUCGACAGCACAACUCAUUCACAAGUCAUAUCAACGCACGUUUGA